GACAGAAGGAAGCAUUAGAAUGGUAUGAGUGGGAGGAGAGGAUGGACCUGCAGAGGUGAAAGUAGAGGAUUUUUAUUCAACUUCUACUACUACAGCUACACCCCACUAACAUUCUAAAGUAAAAGGGAUCUAUCACGAACACGCACACACACCGCAUUGACUGCAUAAAAUUCCACCCGGUAUCCUACAUGCGUGCACAAAGCUGUAGCUGUGGUAAAAUAUCACGAACGCCAGGAGCUCGGUUCGCUUCGUUGCGUUGCAUGGGGACUCACAUGCUCAUCCAAAAGGCAGAGCCAGUCCCCUGACCAACAGACUAAUUCAUUUGAAUUAGUUAAUGGAUUUAAUCAUCGCCGAUGUCACGAGAUACGUAACGGAUACGGGGAUUAAUAUUACAGGCACAGAGAGUUUACACCGCGCCGGGUGUACUGACAUUGGAGGACUCGAUGUAUUAAACCGGUGCCUCGGUAACGAGACCGAGGGAGAACAGCAGUUAUUUCAGUGCGGCUAUUGUUGUAUGGUUCCAGGAUUUUAAUAGGUAGGCUAUCAUAAGGAUACCCACUGGGAGUCAUUCGAACAUAAAGCGCUCCUUCAAUUUUCUACGCCUGCUUCGCGGCAGCAGGUUGGGAUAAUAUCCACCACCACCAGGAUUGCACAAGUCUCCCAUUCACAUGGGCGAAGGCAGGGCUCGGUUCUGCUUUGGUUGGACCCGGGCUCGCUGUCAAGAACAAGACAAAGGUGUGUCGGACCCUGGGAGGGAGCCGGAAACGCGAGAGAGAUGGGCCGAACUGUUCGAUCAACUGGACCUCAAUAAAGACGGUAAAGUCGACAUCAACGAGCUGAGGAUAGGACUCGCUGCCCGCGGUUUACUUCGCAGUGACGCGGAGGAGAUAGUGCGUGAGAGUGACACCAACCAUGAUGGCUUGCUGGACUUUGAGGAGUUCUCUCAGUACCUGUGGGCCCACGAGAAGGAACUGCGGCUCAUGUUCCACACACUGGACCGCAACCACGACGGGCGCAUUGAUGUCGGGGAGAUUCAACAAUCGCUGCACAACCUGGGACUGGAGGUGUCCACAGAACACGCCAUCAAAAUACUACAGAGUAUGGACAGGGACGGCACCAUGACUAUCAACUGGAAUGAGUGGCGAGAUCACUUCCUGUUUAACCCUCUUCACAACAUGGAGGGCAUCGCCCACUACUGGAAACACUCUCUGAUGUUUGACAUCGGAGAGCACAUGACAGUGCCGCCAGAGUUUUCCCAGCAAGAGCGCCAGUCGGGGGUAGUGUGGAGGCAGCUGGUUGCCGGGGCGAUGGCGGGGGCGGUGUCACGGACAGGAACUGCCCCCCUCGACCGUCUCAAGGUCUUCCUACAGGUGCAUGGCUCCAGCUCUAAGGGGAUCAACCUGUGGACGGGGCUGAGGGGGAUGGUCCAGGAGGGGGGUGUACGAGCUCUCUGGAGGGGCAACGGCAUCAACGUCCUCAAAAUAGCCCCAGAGUCUGCCAUCAAGUUCAUGGCCUACGAACAGAUCAAGUGGUUGAUCAGGGGCAGAAAUGAAGCGGGUACUCUGCGGGUGCAGGAGAGGUUCAUCGCUGGCUCUCUGGCUGGAGCCACCGCGCAGACCAUCAUCUACCCUAUGGAGGUGCUGAAGACUCGUCUGACCCUGAGGAAGACUGGCCAGUACUCUGGCAUGGCAGACUGUGCCCGUCAGAUCCUGAGGAAGGAGGGGGUCCGAGCCUUCUACAGGGGCUACGUGCCCAACACACUCGGCAUCAUACCGUAUGCUGGCAUAGACCUGGCCGUCUACGAGACUCUGAAGAAUGCCUGGCUCCAGCGGUACUGUAAGGGCUCUGCUGACCCGGGGGUGUUGGUGCUGCUGGGCUGUGGUACUGUGUCUAGUACCUGUGGACAACUGGCCUCCUACCCCCUGGCCCUCAUUAGAACACGUAUGCAGGCCCAGGCCUCCACUGAGGGCGGGCCCAAGCUGUCCAUGGUCGGUCAGUUCAAGCACAUCAUAUCACAUGACGGGGUACCUGGGCUCUACCGCGGCAUCGCCCCUAACUUCCUGAAGGUCAUUCCUGCUGUCAGCAUCUCGUACGUGGUUUACGAACACAUGAAGAAGUCCCUGGGGGUGAGCUCGUAGAGAGAGGAAGGGAGAGAGAGAAGAGAGGGAUAUAGAGUGCAGCUCUUAGAUUUCAAGAUGGAGGAGAGGUAGACAGAAGAGGAUUGAGGGAUAAAAGACAGAUAGUCCACCCUUGUCAUUCACAUACAGUAAGCUUCCCCGUUUACACCUAGCUAGACAGCCACUCAUAACGCUGUACUGUCAAUAAGAAAGAGGGAAGGAUCUGCUAUCAGGCUGAGCUGAAGUCUGUAAGAAACUGCUGUAACAGAGACAGAUUAGGAGGUGGUGUGAGGGGAGAG